GAAGAAAGGAACAAUAACCCACAUUAGCUGUCAUUCAUUCAACGUGCCUCUCUACAGCUUGAUAAGCAGAAGUUUACCCGUGACAUCGAAUCUUUGAAAAGCUUGCUGUAUUCAAGGACCAAAAGUACUGAGAGGAGAUGGUGUACGACCACCAAAAUAUGAGAAGAAGAUUAAGCCUGAAAUGCUGUUUAAUUUGGUUUGGGAUUCCCCUAACUAUCUGGUUGACCUUUAACCUUUUCAGCUGGCACUUAAAGCUUUCUGCUGACUGGAAUCAACCAAACAGGUUGAAACUGAGGGCAAGGAAAACCCUGCUCAUCAGGAGGGACAAUCAAAAGAAAGGUCAUGAAGGGGAAUCCCCUAAAUUUGAACAGCAAUGUGAGUCCCUAUCAGAAGUGUUCAAUAAAGCCCUGGUGAAACGGUACAACCUGACUGUCCUGCAUUCCCUGGGUGUUGUAUUAAGCCCAGAGGAUCAGAAACUUCGAGAUGAAGGUUACCAGAAGUUUGCUUUUAAUGCAUUAAUAAGUGACAAAAUAGGAUUUCACAGAGCUGUCCCUGAUACUAGAGAUCCCAAAUGUCGAGAUGUGAGAUUUCCUUCCACAGACUUAGAUGUCAGUAUUGUGAUCUGCUUUUUCAAUGAACAGCCCUCGGCUUUACUUCGUACUGUGUAUUCAAUCAUUGACCAGACUCCUACAGAACUGCUCAAAGAAAUUAUCUUAGUAGAUGAUAGUAGUACUUUAGAUGACAUUUCUUGCCAGAUAGAAACAUAUGUUAAUCAGCAUUUAAAAAAUGUGAAAUUUGUCCGUACCCCAGAGAGACAGGGUCUUAUUAGGGCUAGGGUGUUUGGGGCCAACCAUGCUUCAGGGAAGGUUUUGGUCUUUCUAGACAGCCAUUGUGAAGUGAACAUUGAUUGGUUAGAACCUCUGUUGCUAAGGAUAUCACAUGACCCACACACUGUGGUUGUUCCAGUAAUAGAUAUGAUCAACCAUGAUACUAUGGAGUACCAGUCCUCUCCUCUUGUCCGAGGAGGGUUUAACUGGGGCCUUCACUUCCGCUGGGAUCAGCUUCCAGCCAGUGAACAGAAUGACCCAGAGCUUGGGUCAAAACCUAUUCAGUCACCCUCUAUGGCUGGGGGGCUGUUUGCCAUGAGGAGGGACUACUUUCAUCACCUCGGGGAGUAUGACCUGGGUAUGGAUAUCUGGGGAGGGGAGAAUCUCGAGAUAUCAUUCAGGAUAUGGAUGUGUGGAGGCCGACUAGAGAUCAUUCCCUGCUCAAGGGUAGGACAUAUCUUUAGGAAACGUCGGCCGUACGGAAAUCCUGAGGGUGGAGACACACUCAUUAGAAACUCACUCAGGGUAGCUCAUGUGUGGAUGGAUGAAUACAAAGAGCAUUUUCUCAAGCAGAGACCUCAGGCAGAACAUAUAGACUAUGGGGACGUAUCAGACAGAGUUUCUCUCCGAAAACGUCUCUCUUGUAAAUCAUUCCAGUGGUAUCUCAAAAAUAUAUAUCCUGAACAGGUUGUGCCAGGACAGGUCAAUACUGGUGAUAUAAAUCCUCAUUUUCCAAGAAACCAUAACAAGAAAGAACCAGUCGUUAUUAAACAUGGGCAGCUGACACAUGCGGCUUCUGGUUUAUGUGUUCAAUCUGAGAAAAAGACUUACACCAAGAAAGCAUUGCUCACUCUAGCACAGUGUGAUAAAGAGACUAUGGAUGGACAGAAAUCACAGAUGUGGUAUGAAACUGUGGACAAUCAACUCCUCCUAGCUCAGUUGUUGUGUUUAGAUGUAGAGUCAGGAAUGGUUGGGAUGAGUUAUGCUCGAUUGAUGAAGUGUCAUGGCAGUAGGGGAUCACAAGCUUGGACAUGGACCAACAAGGAUGGAAUCUCAGUGCUGUAUAAUCCUGCUAGUGGAAAAUGUUUGACAGUUACCGCUGCCACAGUAGGGGGAAACCUAUUUUUAGAUCUGUGUACCGGGACAAAGGGGCAGGCAUUCAGGCUCAGUUGACAGUGGACAGACG